AUGAAGUCUUCGCAUAGAAUUCUCGUUUAUUUGCUGAUAUUAUGUUUCACUGCUUCAAAUGCUUAUGGUGAAGCACGAAUUUUUGAAGUUUCCGACGUCGAUACAUUAAACAAUUCUUAUAUUAUACAAUAUGAAUCAACAUUAACCUCAACGAUCACGCUAGAUAGAAUUAAAAAUGUUGGAAUUAAAUAUACAGUAAGACAAGAUUUAGAAAAAAUCAUGAGCGGCAUAUCCCUAAAGCUUGAAAAUAAUGACGAUCUGCAUAAAUGUGCUAAAGUAUCUGGAAUCAUCAACAUUUGGCCUGUGAGAAAGAUGCAUCCAAGAUUAUUUACUGCAGAUAAUAUAACGGGUCUAAACGUCUUUCGACAACAUACUGGAUUCGAUGGCUCAGGAGUUAAAGUUGCACUCAUUGAUAACGGACUUGAUUAUAUGCAUCCGGCUUUCGGAAAGUGUUUCAAAACUCCAGGGUGUAAAACGCAAUUUGGUUACGACUUCAUUGGUGACGGAAAUGUUAACCAUCCAAUUCCUGACGACGACCCUCUUGAAACGUGUGAAGGUCACGGGACACAUGUUGCGGGAAUCGUUGCUGAGAACGAUCAUGAAAAACAUUUUACGGGGGUAGCCCCCGGAGCUACACUUGGAAUUUACAGAGUUAUCGAUUGUUCUUCAUCAACCACGGAUGAUUUAAUUAUUAAAGGAAUGGAACGAGCAACUGCUGAUGAAAUGGAUGUUAUAAAUAUGUCUCUAGGUGGAAAUUUUCAAGCCUGGGGCGACACUCCUCUUGGAAUAGUUCUUAAUGAUCUUGCUCUUAAAGGAUUUAUCUUCGUUGUUUCUGGUUCAAAUGUUGGUGAUAAUGGAUUAUUUGCAGCUGGUAGCCCUGAUUCCACGGCAAACGUCAUAACCGUCGGUCACGUGGACAACCUCCAAUUCCUUUCUUAUGUGUUGAAACCGAGUAAUAAUCCAAAAAAGCUAAUUCCUUAUGUCACCAAACGUAUAACUUCAAGGUUUCAAUUUACUGGAUCUCAUCCAAUCGUUAUUGCAAACACAACAAUAAACUUACCCGAAUUUGAUGGUUGCGAUCCAUACGCUAAAUCUUUAACCGGCAAGAUCGUUUUAAUACGUGGUGGAGAUUGCGACGUUCGACGUAAAGUCAAAAAUGCUGCAAUUGCUGGCGCUACCGCAGUGAUGUUUUAUAAUAACGAUGAUUCAUUACCGGGCCCUUUACCUUUAUCAAUCAACUUUCCAAUCUUACACAUCAGUAACGUAGAUGGUGAAUAUUUGAAAAAGCAAAUUCGAAAGGAUUCCAGUUUGACAGUUUCUUUCCCGGAAAAGGUUAUUGUGGUACCACUUGAAAAUGCCGGUAAACCUUCAAGAUCAAGUUCGUGGGGUCCAACUUUUGAUAUGAAUAUUAAACCUGAUGUAAUGGCUCCUGGAGGUCGUAUUUUCAGUACAUUCCCAAGAAAUUUGGGAAGCUAUGCCACUAUUUCUGGAACGUCAAUGGCGGCAGCAUAUGCGUCUGGAAGCAUAGCGCUUUAUAUGCAAGCGACAGGUUUAAGGAGAGGAACGAUUGAUCCAAUAAAACUUCGAGAAAUCCUCACAUUUACUGCCAAUCCAAUUUACCCCAAUUCAAAGGAUGAAAACACAAAGAUACCAAUUUCAAUCGAUAAACAAGGAGGAGGACUUAUUGAUAUUGUUGGAGCGAUUAAAGCGAGAGCGAUAAUUGAACCAGGCAAAUUAUUACUUAACGAUUCAGCUCAUUUUAAUGGAACUCAAACGAUUAGGAUAACAAACACGGGGAAAAAGACUACAAAAUUUACAUUUUCGCAUAUUCCAUCGGUAUCAAUAAGAGGAUGGUUUGAUAAUCAAUGGGUUGAUACUAGUUCAUUCAUGAUUGAAAAACGUUUUGCCGGGGUGAAAUUUUCAAAGAAUUCCGUCAUUGUACGACCUGGGGUAACGGCCAAAGUGAAAGUUCAAUUUACCAAGCCCAAAAAUAUGCCGAAUGAUUUUGGAAUUUACUCGGGAUACGUUACAAUUAAAGAUUCGGCUCAACAUCAAACAUUUUCACUCCCAUACUUGGGACUUAAAGGUGAUUUAAUCACGCUUCCUACUUUAUCGAAUCUUUCGUAUCCAUUUUUUGAAAGAUCCGAUAACAGGGAACGAUUCGAUAGAGAAGAUCAAAUUGCCCAUUUCACAUUUUUGAAAGAAAAUGAACGUGAAGAUUUCCCAGUCUUUCUAUACCUAUUGAAUUAUGGUAGCAGACUAGUCAAGCUAGAAUUGUAUAAAAGAGGAGAUUUCACUCCAGCAGGAUUUUUAGGACUUUUGGCACUUGAUCAAAAUUUCAUAAAUCUUGAUACCGUAGCUCCACGUAAUGGUGGAAGUGGAGAUUUUCGAGAUACAUUUAAAAUUUGGAGUUCUGGUGCGGUUAUAGAUACAAAUGGGGAUGUCAUUGUAGUCCCGAAUGGACAAUAUCAAGUCUUACUUUCAGUUUUAAGACCUUUUGGAAAUCUAAAUAAACAGGAAGACAUUAUGACCUGGAGAUCUCCAAUUAUUGAAAUAGCGAGGGCCACGUAA